AUGUACUCUCAUAGUUUACGUCUACGACAUAGUAGCCAGCGACUAAGAUACCUUACAAACAUUUACUCCACAUCGUCGAUAUUUGGCUCUCAUAUAGUUUCGUCUAGUACACGACAACUAAAGACUUUUAUACCUUUGAUUAACAGUAGAGCUUUAAACUCGAACAAAGAUACAAAGCCUCGAGAAAACCCUCCUAGUGUCGAAACAAUAGAGGACCCCGACAGUAAACUCCAAUUUCCGAAAUGUAUAACAUUAUACGAUGGGGCUCCAGCAAAACUGAUAGGUUUCGGAGUACGUACAGUGUCGUUUCUGAAGGUAAAAGUGUACGUGGUUGGGUUGUAUGUCAGGGAACAAGAUAUUAAGAUGCUUCGUGAUUGGAGGGAUUUUGAUAAAAAAAGGUUUUUGUCAACCGAUGAUGAAUCGAUGGCUCACGCGUUAUUAGAUCAACCGGUCGAGUUUGCAAUUCGUAUAGUUCCAGUACGUGAUACUCAUGGUGCACAUCUACGUGACGGGUUCACCAAAUCACUAUUUAACAGAAUUCAGUACAUGGACGAAGAAUUGGCGGGUGAUGAUCAAUCUGGCAAAGAACUAGGCACAAUACAUAACCACUGGCUAGCAAAAAACUUGUUGAUGGGUUAUUUAGCAGCAAAAAACCCCAUUUCAGACAAGGCGAAACUAAGCAUCGCAGAAGGCCUAGAAGAACUGCUUGCCGCUGACUCUGUUUUUUGA